UUAAAUUUACUUAAAGUUUUAGUUUAUAAAAAUCACAGCUAUCUAUAAUUAUAAUUUUAAAAACUGAUCUGUCAAUUAUUUUAUACUUAAAAUUAUAUUAAUUUUGCAAUGCUAGAAAGAUAUUAUUCAAUGUUGACAGGGGAUGCGUUAAAUUCCUUCAGUUUUUCUCCUGGUUGUGCCAAGAGAUGUUUUGCUCUCACAUCAGAUUCAUUUCAUCAUAGUAGGUCACUGAGUAGUAGCUGGUCAUUAUUUAAUUUUCUUGGAGAAGGUCAACAAACAUCAUUUUAUAUCCAAAAUCUAAAUAAAGCAAUUGUUACAAUUAAUGCAAAGACCACAGAGAUUCUGGUUGUAAACAAAAUGGCCUGUAGAUUACUUGGACUUAAUAAUGAACAAUUAAAUGGCAAACAUUUAUGCGACUUUUUCGUCAGCAAAUCUGGAGAAUAUAUUUUAACAGAAACUGAAUUAGAAUCAUCUGGAGAACUUAUUGUAAUGUCAGGAAAAGUG